AUGGCCGAGCAUCCGCCGAUCGAGGCCAUGCAAGUCAGCCAAGAGACCAACUCGAAGCGGCGGCACGCAUUAUCCUCGAUGUCAGAAUCUGGGCGCCCCGUUAAGUGCGCGCGCAUAUCUACAGUACUGCUCGAGACACCAUUACUAGAGGAUUUGUCGGACGCUCAGACGUUAGAAGAGGACGUAUCCGUCACGCCCCAGCUGAAGAUCGAGGCUAAUCUUAACCCUAAACGACCACGGUCGCUUCGUCCUAAGAAGGAGCAAGCCCCCUCGAAGCUGAAACUCAUGAUCCUUGAAAAACCGGUAUACGAGGCAAGCCUAGGGAACAACGUGAAGGAAAACGAGGCCGAGGAAGAACGGCUACGACAAGCAGUUGAACCGACACAAUGGCGGACUAAACGACUAGCGCGCGCUAGACUGGUCCCGACGAUGACGGCCACCAUCUCUGGCGAAUACAUCCCGCGCGUGAGGCAGCCGAAGCCUCCGAGACACCCGACAGAUAGUACGUCCCCGAGCAGCUCCGUCACGUCCGGCCCCCUCGCCUGCUCAGUAUCCGCCGCGUCGGCCGGCACCGACGACUUCGUCGAGGUCAAUUCGCGAAGCCGCAGCAGGAAGGUGGAUUACGUGUUGGCGAUCGACUGUGCCGCGACCACGUAG